AUGCAAGAAUCAAGAAUACGACAAUCUGAAUUCGAAAAUGUAAUCAUCGAACCCCAUAAUCUCAUUCGCGCUAUUGAAUCUCAAGACGAAAAUUACAUAAAUAAUUUAACAACCUUAAAUUUCAAGAUUAAUAAUACACACCGAGAUGUUGGGAAUCCACUACGUACAGCUGUGCGAGUCGGAAAUUAUAAAAUUCUCAAAAAGUUAAUAGAACUUGGUGCUGAUAUACACCAACGAAUUCCAGCAACUGAACGACCGAUAUUAUACGAUGCCGUAGAAUCUGGAAAUUACGAUAUUAUCAAAUAUAUGAUAGAAAAUGGCGUAGAUAUUAAUGUCAGGUGGGAAGUUUCUGAUCAGACCUGUGAUGCAACUGCGUUGUACCUUGCCGUCCAGACAGCAAAUAUGAAAGUUGUAAAAUUAUUACUAGAUAACAAUGCUAACGUUAAUAUUAAAUCUAGAGAUGGAGUCACUCCUAUCACCCUUGCUGUUAUAAAUAAACACUAUGAUAUCAUGGAUGCAUUAAUAAAAUAUGCGCCUGAUCUUUUUUGGACAUUAGAAUACGAUAGUAGGACUACAACAAUUUUUCAUUUCGCUAUUUGGUUUAGAAACUGGAAAAUGUUAUAUGAGUGGCUAUUUGAAUUUGCCGAUACAAUUGAUGUUAAUAAUAAUAAUAAUAUUAAUUUGUUUACAUUCUUUCAAUCCCAAUUGUUACUUCAUCACACUCUCAGAGAACAUCAUCUCAAUAUAGGUAUUAUAAGUUAUCUGCUUGAUGUCGGUGUUGAUGUUAAUGCUCUGGAUUCUGAUAAUAAAUUAGCUAUCGAGUCUUCCUUCGAAUUAGAAUAUUAUUCACAUGAUAUUUUAACUAUUAAGCUACACAUCGUAAAAUUAACAGCUGCGGGUUUUCACGUAUGUGAUCGAAACAUUAAAGCUGUUAGUACAGGAGAAUUCGAUCAUUAUUUAGCUGAGUGUCGGUCAGAAGUUGAAAAAAUGAAAAAAAAUAAAAUAGAAGGCAGUAAUAUCACAUUUAUGGAGGUUUUACAUGAAAAUAUUUAUUACUUGGCACAUUACUUGAAGUCUGUUGAUUUGGCGAGUAUACUCAAACGUGAACCUCGUGAACCUAUUUUCCCAGAAAAGCCAAAUACCGUUCAGCCUCUGGUAAAAGGAGACGGUAGACUCGCGCUAUCACUUUAA